AUUGUGAAUUCGUUUUUGUGAAUAUUAUUUUAAAUGAAAGCUGUGAUUUUAUUAGUUUUGGCUUUGGGUGCCUUUGCAUUCACUGAGUAAAUGAUGUCUUUGGAAGAAUUAGCAAAUUUUAACGUUAAAACAAUGGAUUGCUAACGAUCUGAUCAAUUCUCAUUUAUUGAAAAAUAAAUGAAGCAAUGGGAAGAUUUGUUAAUCCAUCAAAAAGCCAUUUCUCAUGAUAUCAAGAUCCUUGAAUAAAUGGAAAAAAUGCUAUCAACAAAGCAUCAUUCUUUCUUAGAAGCAUAAGUCUCCGUCUCAGGAAAGAAAUUGCUAAAGAAAUUACACAAAUUAGAAUUGCCACUUACAAAAAGCAAAAUUGGUCUAAGCCAAGUCAAGGCCUUAAGAGAAUAAUGCCAUGCCUUAGAUUCUGAAAAUCAUGAAGAUAGAACAGCUGCUAAAAAAGAAUUAUGCAAAUUAUUGAGAGAAUACAUUAGCAGUCUUAAUAAUUGCAAAUAAUAAUGCAGAAGCACUCCCAUUACAGUCAUCAAGAUCAAAGGAUAAAUUAAAGAUCUCGAAAUCAUAAGAGGAGGAUGUACAAGUAAUGGAUCUGAAACAGGUGUUAAGGUAACAUCUUAAGAUGAUGAAACUCAUGAAAUCACCAUUCAUCAUCAUCAUAAAGGUAAAACAACAACUGAAACUACUUCAGCUGCAGGUGCAAGCAAGUCAAAAUCAGAAAGUACUUCAGAUGCUGGCGAAAGUCAUACAGCAGCAGAAAGUGGUUCAGAUGCAAGCUCAAGCCAUUCAGGAUCAGAAAGCAGUUCAGCUGCUUCAGGAGCAGAAUCAUAGGCAGAAUCACAUGAAAGUUCAUCAAGUUCAGACUCAUCUGCAAAUGAAUAAACUUAAACUACAGAGGAAGGAGAAGAAGUGACAGAAGAAACAACUGAAACAGGUGAAGAAACCACUGAAGCAAGUUAAGAAACCACUGAAACAGGUUAAGAAACCGUUGAAACAGGUGAAGAAACAACUGAAACAGGAGAAGAAACUACAGAAGAGUUUACAGAGGAGGUAACAGAAGAGACAACAGAAGUUAUAGAACAACCAGAAGUUACAGAUUGA